CAAACACUGGAGAUGAACCUCAACAACCUGGUUAAGCGCAAUAGUGAACUAGAAAACCAGAUGGCCAAACUGAUACAGAUCUGCCAGCAGGUGGAGGUGAACACAGCCAUGCACGAGGCCAAGCUAAUGGAGGAGUGUGACGAGUUGAUGGAGAUCAUCCGGCAGCGCAAGCAAGUGAUUGCUGUGAAGAUCAAAGAGACAAAGGUGAUGAAGCUGAGGAAACUGGCCCAGCAGGUAGCCAACUGCCGACAGUGCCUGGAGCGCUCCACCGUCCUCAUCAACCAAGCGGAGCACAUUCUGAAGGAGAACGACCACGCUCGGUUCCUCCAGACGGCAAAGAACGUGGCGGAGAGGGUCGCCAUGGCAACCGCAUCCUCUCAAGUGUUGAUACCAGAUAUCAAUUUUAACGAUGCCUUUGAAAACUUUGCUUUAGAUUUUUCCAGAGAGAAGAAGCUGCUGGAGGGGCUGGAUUAUCUAACAGCACCCAACCCUCCGUCGGUCCGUGAAGAACUUUGCACUGCCUCACACGACACCAUCACUGUCCACUGGAUAUCAGAUGAUGAAUUCAGUGUCAGCUCCUAUGAGCUCCAGUAUACCAUCUUCACAGGCCAGGCCAACUUCAUCAGCCUGUACAACUCCAUGGACAGCUGGAUGAUCGUCCCCAACAUCAAGCAGAACCACUACACGGUGCACGGGCUGCAGAGUGGCACGCGAUACAUCUUUCUCGUCAAGGCGAUAAACCAGGCUGGCAGCCGGAACAGUGAACCUGCCAGGCUCAAGACAAACAGCCAGCCCUUCAAACUGGACCCCAAAAUGGCCCACAAGAAGCUGAAGAUCUCCAAUGACGGGCUGCAGAUGGAGAAAGAUGAGAGCUCCCUGAAGAAGAGCCACACACCUGAGAGGUUCAGCGGGACGGGGUGUUACGGUGCGGCAGGCAACGUCUUCAUCGACAGUGGCUGCCAUUAUUGGGAGGUGACUGUGGGCUCCUCCACCUGGUACGCCAUUGGCAUUGCCUACAAGUCAGCCCCAAAGAAUGAGUGGAUCGGCAAGAAUUCCUCCUCCUGGGUCUUCUCCCGCUGCAACAACAACUUUGUGGUGCGUCACAACAACAAGGAGAUGCUGGUGGACGUUCACCCCCAGAUGAAGCGCCUGGGCAUCCUCCUGGACUACGACAACAACAUUCUGUCCUUCUACGACCCAGCCAACUCCCUGCACCUCCAUACGUUUGAGAUUUCCUUUAUUCUGCCCGUCUGCCCCACCUUCACAAUCUGGAACAAAUCCUUAGUGGUUGCCUCGGGUCUGCCUGCCCCAGACUUCAUAGAUUACCCCGAGCAGCCGGAGUGCAACUGCCGCCCCCACGAGUCCCCGUACGUAUCAGGGAUGAAAGCCUGUCAUUGAGGCACCAGGAGCGCCCACCCCCCCCCCCUUCCAGCCAAGCCUCAGGAACUUCUGUGCAAUUCGACUGGAAGGCGGGCCUGGCGUCCUGCAGGGGUCAGCGGCCACACGCCACGUCUGGCUGGCUCCUGUCUCGCGGGAAGCCCACGUCUCCGUCCGGUGCACGCCCCAUGGAAGGGUGUGGGUGGCGUUUCACUGACUUGUUUCGUUUUGUUUUGUUUUUGGGUAGCACUACUGAAUUUUCUCCAAUGGAGUUGGCAUGUCUUGUUCCGGUUUCCUAAUGGGGAAAAGGGUGUUGCUGGGCAGAGCAUGGGGCGAGACCUCCUCAGCUGCCGGAAUGUUGACGAAUGAGAGUUUGCUUCUGUACAAAAAAGAAGUUCCUCAGGCACCUGGGAUCCUCCCUAACCCCUGCUGUGUCGAGAGAGCUAAGCAGAAUUUUGGAACCCAAGCCAUUAACUAGAAACUAUA